GUCCUCGCUUACGUCAGAGCGGCCCUAAGGCGGCGACAGGGAACAGCCUUCUUCACUCCUGACUUCCGCCUGCCUCGAGUCUGGAGUCGUGGCCUUCCCCGCUCGUCCCCCUCAGCCUGCGGCGUCCGACCAUGUUUGGCCUGCGGAGAAACGCGGUAAUCGGCUUGAACCUGUACUGCGGCGGCGCUAGCCUCGGCGCGGGCGGCGGUUCUCCGGCCGGGGCGCGCCUGGCGGCCGAGGAGGCCAAGGCGCGGCGCGAGGGGGGAGGGGAGGCCGCUCUGCUGCCCGGCGCGCGGGUGGUCGCCCGGCCGCCGCCCGUGGGCGCCGAGGACCCCGACGUCACCGCGUCGGCAGAGAGGCGGCUGCUUAAGUCGCCCGGCCUCCUCGCCGUGCCGCCCGAGGAGAUGGCCGCGUCGGCCGCCGCCAUCAUGUCUCCCGAGGAGGAGCUGGACGGCUGCGAGCCGGAGGCGAUCAGCAAGCGGCCGACCGUGCUGCCCCUACUGGAGCGCGUGAGCGAGGCGGCUAAGAGCUCCGGCGCCGACGGCUCGCUGCCCUCCACGCCGCCACCCGAGGAGGAAGACGACGAGCUGUACCGCCAGUCGCUGGAGAUCAUCUCGCGCUACCUGCGGGAGCAGGCGACGGGCUCCAAGGACUCAAAGCCUCUGGGCGAGGCCGGCGCGGCGGGCCGGAGGGCGCUGGAGACCCUGCGGCGCGUGGGCGACGGCGUGCAGCGCAACCACGAGACGGCCUUCCAGGGCAUGCUUCGGAAACUGGACAUUAAAAACGAAGACGAUGUUAAAUCUUUUUCUCGAGUGAUGAUCCAUGUUUUCAAAGAUGGCGUAACAAACUGGGGCAGGAUUGUGACUCUUAUUUCUUUUGGUGCCUUUGUGGCCAAACACUUAAAGAGCAUAAACCAAGAAAGCUGCAUCGAACCAUUAGCAGAAAGUAUCACAGAUGUUCUUGUAAGGACGAAACGGGACUGGCUUGUCAAACAAAGAGGCUGGGAUGGGUUUGUGGAGUUCUUCCACGUACAGGACCUAGAAGGCGGCAUCAGAAAUGUGCUGCUGGCUUUUGCAGGUGUUGCUGGAGUAGGGGCUGGUCUGGCAUAUCUAAUAAGAUAGCCUUCUGAGUGCAAUAGGUGACUCUUAAAACUCCAGCCACCAAACCACAUGCUUCUGUGAAAACAAAUGUAUUUAUGAAGGUGGACUUGAAUCGGCCCAAGAUUUUAACAGUCCAGUUCUACUGUAGCAACAUAGCAGAAAGAAAGUGGCUACAGGAUUGUGGCUAACAAGAAUAAAUACAUGGGAAAAGUGCUCCCUCUGGAAGAGUCACUGUCUGAAUGAAGCAAAGUCCCUCUCAGCAAACUUUGGGAGGCCGCGGAGGAGGACUUCUAGAAUGAAUGAGAGGGGUGAAUGGAAAGGUUUGAUUUCCUCGUCGGGAGGUGGCCGAGGGGCCAGUCAGUCACAGAGCUCAAUAAAUAUGUAGUCUAUUACUCUGCUCAGAGCGUUGAGAGAAGCCCUAACAAUGCUGGUGACUUGUGUAAAAUGGAUUUUUAACCUACAAGUCACCAAACUCUGACUAGAAGCUGCAGUGCUGUACAGGAGUGUGAAGGGAGGCCCUCUCUAAGCAGUCUUGAGUGUGCUUCUUGACAAAGUCCAAGUGCUCAGGACUUUUACACCUGUCUACUUUGGCUUGGUUUGGAUGAUUCUUAAGUUUAUUAGCCUAGUGAUGGCCAAAAAGUACUUGACUUAAGGUUCACUAAUUAGUUACAAAACUGAAGAGCCUCAAUUUUUAAGAAAAUUUAUGAAAUGUAUUUGUCUGUAAAAAUUGUAUAUAUUUUUACAGAAAGUCUAUUUGUUUGAACAUAAGGAGGAGCUCUUGGAUUGAGGUUUUUUCCAGGCCCUUUUGAAGUUUGCAGCUUCUCUAGUUAGAAAUGUAUUUCUUACAACUUUUUAAAACUUUGUCAUCCGUUGUAGUGUAUACGCAGAACCAGUUGUGUGUGUGGACUGGUUGUAGUAGAACAAAUCGGGUGUAUAACUAUGCAGGGUUAAUUAUCCAAUCUGUUUUUGUAUUUAAGGAUCACAGGUAGAUUGUAAGGCAUUUGAUCCCCUGUUGACUAAAUUGUAAAGUGGUUUGGGACAGCAGACUAGAAUCUUAACCAUGGUGCUAUUCACAGGCUUUACUUGUUUAAGACAAGUUUAAGUCUGGUGUCAAUAAAACAAAUAUGUAUUUCUUUUCUACUAAUGAUUGCCAAGCUUUGUUUUGAAUUUCUGUACUGGUCUCUUUAGGCGUAACCUCUAUUUACGUGCUGGCUGGUUAUGCUCCCUGUUCCCCUAUAAAUAUAGUCAUCUACAUUUCCUCCCUGUGCUCUUUACUGGCCGUUUUAAUUAACUACAUUAGAACCCUCACUCCCACCCCCAAAACGUUGAACCUCAGUAAUCCCUCCUCCAUCCUAAUCAGAGUCAGCACAGCUUCUUGUUAGAGGAUAGCAAUACUUCCUCUUUGAGCCCUGGGACCAACAGUGACCAGGUAUGGGCUUUCUUGGAUGGCAUGUUUUCCAUUGUUACUUUAUCCUAUUUUGGUAAGAAAAGCAUCAAAGGUCCCCUUGGGAGUUUCAGAAGUCAGAGUGAGCUGCAUUAUAGCUUUAUAGUUCGUUCCAAGUGUGAGUAUGUUCACUUAAAUUUAGAGAAACACGGGUCUUGUUAGACCCAGUUACACAAGCCACUGGUAAAAUGAAGGUGUUUAAGCUAGGGUCAUUUGAAAGCUUCAGCCUCGGAAUGUGACCUUUAGUCAGGGCUGCAGAUAAAAAUAGGCGUGAACCGAAUGACUAAGAAUGUAAUGGGGAAGAAGCGCCCUGCCUGCCCAUCUCAGCCAUAAGGCCAUCUUGCUGGAGCGAUUUGUACCUAUGUAUUUAUCCUUGGUCGUAAUUUGCUUAUUUAUGUUUAUCUCUUUGGACUUAAGAGCACUUUAUGUAGUUGAAUAAACCCUAUAGGUUGAGGUGACUACAAGGUCAGCCUCAUAAUCCAGUCUUGGAAGGUUUGUUUACGAGGAGCCUGGCUUCCCAGCUCACAAGGUGUGAAAGCCGAAGUACAGACAGGAUCUUAGUAGGUAUUUUAGGUCCAGGGCCAUGAAGACUUGGAGAGCUCAAGUGGUUGGGAAAGGGAUUGAUGAGAGGGAGAAGAGGCAUGUGGUCUGAGUGCUGACUAGAUGAAUAAUAGUUGAGGCACAUCCUCCAAAGUGGAGAGGGAGGGGCUGCUUGGAAAGAUGGCUCUCAGCAAAUUCUGUUUGUCUUACACGUCUCUCAGGGAAAACAUGCAGUCUUAAAGCAUCUUACACUUACAUGUCCAUUCUGUCAGGGUGAGCACCUUCAUGCUGGUAGAGCACCUAACAUUUUUAACAGCUGUUCCUGAAAGGGUUAGGACCAACUGCAAGUUAAUGUGGCUUGUAUAUGUUUCCCUAACUUCUGUUUCUUCUAAGGAAAAAAUAAACCUUUUCCCCCCCCAAAGUAA